AUGACGAUGACAGAAGUGUUUGCAUAUUUAUCUACACCAAAUGCACAGAACCGGUUGUGUAAGCAUGCAGCGAGGCAUGCAUGCAUACAUACAUACUUCGCUCGGGCUGUGCAAUAUGACUGGUUCUCGGGUUUGGCCACAAAUGGAGAGAGGGAGGGGAGCGGGAUAAUUACAGAGAGAGAGAGAGAGAGUAUGUGUACUAAAAGUAUUAAUAGUAGUGUUUCUACUCCCGUACGCCUCCCGAUUGACCGCCCGUCUCAAGUGGCGGCCGCCGGCGUAGAUCAUCGCCUCCACUUUGCAGGGAACUUUAACCAGUCGGAAUUGGUGAUUCGGGUAGAGAGGGACUCAGAGAGGGGGGGAGGUCUGAGUCUGAGCCUGAAGUAA